AUUGCGAUGGCGUCUUUUCAAGUAUGUUGUUGACAUUUAUUUGCGUCUAAAAACAGUCAAAAAGACUUAAAAAACGGCGCGAUCAUACCGCUCUCGGUGUCUAAUGAUAGUCUGCGAAAUAAAGCCAUGGACGACAUGAAUCGGAUCCCUCCGCCUCACUGUACAAAGGUGUUUGUGCAGCGUGAUUAUACGGAUGGUACCAUUGUCAGAUUCUCAACAAAGUUUCUGCCAGAAUUGGAAGGCAAGAUUGAAAAAAGCCAGUUUGAACAUGCAGUGACACAAAUAAACAAUAUAUAUCUCGAAGCUGAGAGUCUUAACAGUCGCACAUACUGCGAGAGCUGCAUGGCCUGUCUAACAGCAUAUCUCUCAUACCUCUGUAUGGACACAUAUUAUGAAAAGUGCAUCAAGAAGGGAAGUCGCUUUAUUGAGGAGCAAAAUAAUACAAUUUGGGUGCCGAAAGGAUUGAUGUUGAUUGACCCUGCAGAGAGAGGGCUGAGAAUUCUUGAAAUUUGCAUACUGAAUGAGUCAACCCGAUGAUCCAGAGAAGACAGAGCGAUGUUGUGAAUGUGAUGCACCAAUUUCUUGUGACAUCAUGAAUGUGGACACCAAAAAUACUGCUCGACUUGAAACACCUGAUCAAUUGGAUGCUUAUAUUUAUUGGAAGAUAGGUGCAAUUGAUCAAGUUUGAUUUCUAAGACAUUAUCAGGCCAUCGAGAUCCACUUUGGAAGCAUUUCAUAAUAUGUUUGAGUCAGGCUCUGGUGGUUUUUUAAGGGGUUGGGGCUGGGCCUUUUCAUGAGCUGUUCAUGCUCAAGUUAUUUGAAGCAGUAUUUUCCUGUAAAACAUGGUGUUAGUGCAUUGGAGAUGGAAAUUGUUCCAGGAAAAAUGUGAUGUUAACUGAUGAUUGUGGAUUGACUUUCAUACAUAGCCAGCGACUAUAUUUCUAUUUUCCAUUAUUUUCAGCUUAUGUAUAAAAUCAUGGUAUGAAUGAAGAAAGUUUCAUCACAAAACAUAUAUCAAUUUUAUAAGUCGGGAAUUUAGUAAAAAAUGCAGUAGUAAUUUUGUGCUGUUCACUAUUAUAAUUGUUGGUCCAAUUGCCUUCAGUACUGGCAGACCAAUAAUUCUUAACUCUGAUAAUCCCAUGAAAUCAGAAACGGCCAAAAAGUGUAUGUGUCAUAUAUAAUGUUUUGUGACUAAACUUUGCGAACUGUUGGCAGAGAUAUCUUGUCGAUUUUGCUAGCUGUGAUGGUUAACAGAUACAUUUACCUAGUUUAGUCAACAUAGCAGGUUAUUCUUAGCUCUCGAAGUGUAUGGCUCUACAUAUGUACCUGUGUGUAGUAUUCUAUAGUGAUGUAGCAGCCUCAUGUGUGCAAAGUUAUACACUCAUUGAGUGAAUGCUUGUAUUAUAUGCUUCUCAUUAUCAGUGAUGGAGACUUCAGGUUGAUCUUACACUUUGAGACAUGAAUUGAAAAUCAUAUGAAAGUUUUUAAUGUUUCUGAUCGAAUGAGAACAAUUUGCUCUUAUGUUCAUAUAAAUCCUGAUCUGCCGUAUUUUCACAGUCUUCUCUUGGUUAUGACCUGUAAUGUGCAAUAAUAACAUUGAUAUGAGGCUUGUCCAAUUAACCUAAUUCUUUUGAAUGAUCAUGUGCUUGCAGCCAUUUCAAACAGUUUAAGUCAGUGAAAGAAACUAAAAUGGCCCUGUUCUAAGCCUAAUGUCAAGACCAGCUGUAAAUCCAUCAUGUAAUACUAUUGUGAGGAUCUUGAAUGGGCCAGUUGUUAUGUUGGUCCGUGCACCCUACAGAUUCCACUGUGUAUACAAAUGUACUGUACCUGAGGAAACUUAUGCUUUCUUAUAAAUGAAAUAAAUUGUAUAUAUGUAGAUAAUUAAA